UCUUCCGGUGACACAGUAUUUACAGAGCAUGCGCAGACAGGUCUUCCUUUUCCCGGUGCAGCGGAGUCCUGCUCCUGUCUGAAGCUCCGGGCUCCUUCAUAAGGAGACUGAAAGACUGCAGAAAUGGGGUUUGUUAAAGUGGUGAAGAGCAAGGCCUACUUCAAGAGGUACCAGGUCAAAUUCAGGAGGAGGAGAGAGGGGAAGACGGACUUCUUCGCUCGCAAGCGGCUGGUUGUCCAGGAUAAGAACAAGUACAACACACCCAAGUACCGGAUGAUUGUCCGCUUCUCCAACCGGGACAUCAUCUGCCAGAUUGCCUACGCCAAGAUCGAAGGUGACAUGAUCGUGUGCGCCGCCUACUCCCACGAGCUGCCCAAGUAUGGCGUCAGCGUGGGCCUGACCAACUACGCCGCCGCCUACUGCACCGGUCUGCUGCUGGCUCGCAGGCUUCUGACCAAGUUCAAGCUGGACACGGUGUACGAGGGCCAGGUGGAGGUGACGGGUGACGAGUUCAACGUGGAGAGCAUCGACGGCCAGCCGGGCGCCUUCACCUGCUACCUGGAUGCCGGGCUCGCUCGAACCACCACGGGCAACAAGGUGUUCGGCGCCCUGAAGGGCGCUGUGGACGGAGGGCUGUCCAUCCCGCACAGCAUCAAGCGCUUCCCCGGAUACGACGCCGAGAGCAAGGAGUUCAACGCCGACGUGCACCGCAAGCACAUCAUGGGCAUCAACGUGUCGGAGUACAUGAGCUACCUGAUGGAGGAGGACGAGGACGCCUACAAGAGGCAGUUCUCCCGCUUCAUCAAGAACGGAGUCAAACCGGAGUCGAUUGAAGAGAUGUACAAGAAGGCUCAUGCUGCCAUCCGCGAGAACCCUGUUCAUGAAAAGAAGCCGCCCAAGGAAGUCAAGAAGAAGAGGUGGAACCGUGCCAAGCUCUCCCUGGCCCAGAGGAAAGACCGUGUGGCCCAGAAGAAGGCCAGCUUCCUCCGGGCUCAGGAACAGGAGGCCGCAGAAUGAGCCGCCGCUCUGCCCUGGUCCACACACACACAUUUGUUCUAAUAAAUCAUGGAAAAACAAAAAAAAA